CUGGAAGUGUCCGAGGGUGUUCCGAUUGGGCACCAGAUCGGAUUUAUCGGGGAGUUUCUGCACGGGGUGGACAGUGGACCGCCAUAUUUGAUAGUGCCGGUUCCGGGAAGUGCCGUGGAUACGGAUCUAGCGAUUGACCAUACGACCGGGGAGAUCCGGACCAAAGUGUUGUUGGACCGGGAGAAGAGAGCACUGUACUCGUUGGUGGCAAUCCCGUUGAGUGGGGAGAAUGUGAGGGUAGUAAUCCGGGUGCUGGACGAGAAUGAUAACGCACCCAGUUUCCCGACGGCACUGAUGAACAUCGAGUUCCCGGAGAAUACGCCGAGGGACGUAAAGAGAACGUUGAAUCCGGCUCGGGAUUUGGAUCUGAGCCGGUACAAUACCCAGCGAUAUAACAUUGUGUCGGGGAAUGUGAACAACGCGUUUCGGUUAUCGUCCCAUCGGGAGCGGGACGGAGUGUUGUACCUGGAUCUGCAGAUUAACGGAUUCCUGGAUCGGGAAACCACACCAGCUUAUAGUCUCGUUGUAGAGGCACUGGAUGGAGGGAAUCCGCCGCUUCGGGGUUUGAUGACGGUUAACAUUACGAUUCAGGAUGUAAACGAUAACCAGCCGAUUUUCAAUCAGAGUCGGUACUUUGCAACGGUGCCGGAAAAUGCCACAAUUGGGACGACGGUGCUUCAGGUCUAUGCAACCGAUCAGGAUGCCGGCGAUAAUGGGCUGGUGGAGUACGCGAUCAAUCGGCGGCAAAGUGACAAGGAUCAAAUGUUCCGGAUCGAUGCCAAUACCGGAUUGAUUUCGGUGAACAAGCCACUGGAUUUUGAAACCAAGGAACUACACGAGCUGGUGGUGGUCGCUAAGGAUCGCGGAUUACAGCCGCUGGAAACGACGGCUUUCGUGUCGAUUCGAGUGACCGAUGUGAAUGAUAAUCAACCGAUCAUAAAUGUGAUAUUUUUGAGUGACGACGCUACUCCGAAGAUUUCGGAAUCGGCUCAGCCGGGGGAAUUUGUGGCACGGAUUUCAGUGAAUGAUCCCGACUCGAAGACCGAGUACUCGAAUGUUAACGUUACUCUCUCGGGGGGUGAUGGGCACUUUGGGCUAACCACAAGGGAUAACAUUAUCUAUCUGGUGAUUGUGUCGCUCCCACUAGAUCGUGAAAUUAAACCGAAUUAUACGCUCAGUGUUGUGGCAACUGAUACCGGAAAUCCACCGCUCCAUGCAUCGAAAACGAUCUUCCUUACCGUUACCGAUAUCAACGAUAAUGCGCCGGAAUUCGAAAAGGAAAUCUAUCACGCCAACGUGAUGGAAGUCGCAGAUCCAGGAACCUCGGUCAUUCAGGUGACCGCGAUCGACAAAGACGAGGGUAACAAUUCGGCGAUUGCCUAUUCCCUGCUCGAUACUCCCGAUACCCACUCGCAGUGGUUCCAGAUCGAUUCGAAUUCCGGACUAAUAACAACACGAGCGCACAUUGACUGUGAAACGGAUCCGGUUCCUCAACUGGUGGUAGUGGCAAAAGAUAAUGGGUUUCCACCGCUGUCCUCAACCGGCACAGUGCUGGUGACCAUCCACGACGUCAACGAUAACGAGCCGAUCUUCGAUCAGAGCUUCUACAACGUCUCGGUGGCCGAGAAUGAACCCAAAGGACGCUGUAUAUUGAAGAACGCACAAUUAGCGCGCAGCAACGACAUUGCAAUGGUCAAAAUCAAUCGGGGGGCAACGUGUGCCGUUGAUCGCCAGGCGAUCACGACCACAACCGAGAUCAACCACAACUUCUUCGUCCCACUUUUCACCAUUCUUGCAUUCUUGUCCUCUCGCACAUCAACACAAAGUUCUGGUUUUUCACCUACCCAGCCAUCAGGUUGUUGUAUUGUCGUCGUCUUCAUUCACACGAAUACACGCGCAAACUAUCUUGCCGUACUGGCUUCCCAUCAUCAUCAACAUCAUCGUGGUCGUCGUCGUCAUCAUCACGUCGAUUCUAUGCUCCCCACAUCAUCUCUUCUCCUAAAUGGUUCUUCAUCCUCACCAAGCUUUGGCGCGCCAUGCGACGAUGCGGCAAUUAUGUGCGAGCCUUUCUUCCUGCAUUCUGGCUUCACACUUGGCUUCCUGAUGUUACGCGGUUCAACACCACCCAGUGCGAGACAGAAUGAGAAGAGGGUAUCCUCGUAUCCUCACGCAGUUGAAGAUCUGGUUGAUUGA